GAAGACGCCAAUAACAUUAAUUCCCAGUAUUAUAUUCCCGGCACUUUGACUCGACAAAAGCAGGAGGAAUUGGGUACGCUGGCCGCGGUACAUGAAACACGACGCUCUCAUGUUAUUAAACACAAACACGAAAAUGCUUUGGCCGGUGAACACGUUAAGCAAAUUUUAAGUGAAGCCGCCUGUCGUGUACCACAACGACGUGUAGAACGUAUACAACGUGACCCCUCGAAAUCGUACAUGCCCCACUGUACGGUACUCCAUCGUUGCACCGACGAGACUGGUUGUUGCCGCAGUGAACGUCAAACGUGUGCACCGAAACGCACAAAAAAUGUCGACUUGUAUUUCUAUGUACGCAGUAUAAAUGAGAAACGUGGCUCAGUCGAACGUUUGACAUUCAUCAAUCACACCGAAUGCCAUUGUGUGGAUAAGACGAAGCAACAGAUAGACGAGUAUCAUAAUAUGCCCAUAUACGAUAUGUCUUACGGCGGACAGACACUACGACGCGCCACCAUACUCAAUUGCAACUGUCCCAAAUUGUAUGAGAAAAUUCUACAAGAAGAUGGCUUUUGUCGCUGUGAUUGCUCUUCCGGCAAUACCGGUUGUGAUUGGCUCAAGCGCGGUAUGGAACAUUUUUCGAUGAUUGAUCGCAAAUGUAUAUCCGAAGGACGUUGCAAACCGCCCACUUGUGAGCAUGGCUCUUAUAUCAAAAAGUACGGACGUUGUCCAAGAAGGGAAGAGCAUUUGUCGGCUGCACUAACCGGUCCCGUGAUGUUGGCGACGAAUGCGCUAUCGAGUAAUGAUUAUCAUUGAAACGAAUUAAGUAAUAAUAAUUUAGGCGUUCAUGCGUGGUGCAACAGCAGUAGCAGCAGCUGCAACAGCAACAACAAUGAAACUAAAAUUAAGUAUUAAUAACUUUUUAAUAUUAGUAAUUUAUUCGAUAAAGCAGGAAAAGAAGUUGAUGUGAAGACUCCUUGUCGGGAUGUUAGAGUAGAGAGGGGUAAUGAAGUAGUAGAAGAGUGGAGAGAUGGCAGGAUUUUGCGCAGAGGAAAUACUCACACAUAGAUGACGUACAAUAAAAGAGAAGAGUAAAACGAAAUUUAUGCAUUAAUAAUUAAAUGUGAUUUUAAAUUUUAAAAUUAACUCGUUAUAAGUGAAAGUGAAUUUUCAAAUUUCAUUCAAUACAUUUACACAUACUCAUGCAUACACAACACGCAUGCAACAUUUGUCUGGCUGUGUGUGUGUGUGUGUAUUUUUGCAUUUAAUGAGUAGUUGAAAUCCCAUCAAUUAACACUUAAAUACUUCCAAAAUGGCAAAUUUAAAUUGUUUUCGUUUUUAAUAAAAAUAAACUUUAGACAUACAUAUGUAUGUAUGUUUGAUUUUUACAAGACUUGUCGCAAAGAAUUCUUUUUUUAAAUGUAUGCAUGUUUUCAAUCAAAAA